AUUUAUUUUUUUCUAAAGGAAGCAUAUUGAGCUUUUGCGUGCACAUGCAGGGUUACGUUGACUGUCACUGUCAUGUCUCUGCCGGAGAAUUUGAUCAGGACAUAGAAGAGGUGAUUCAAAAUUCCAAACAGGCUGGAUUGUUGGCCGUGUUAGCUGUUGCUGAACAUGCAGGCGAAUUUGACAAAAUCAUUGAGCUGUCACAGAGGUUUCCUGGUUUUAUUUUCCCUUGUUUAGGACUUCAUCCAGUUCAAGAGAUUUCCCCAGAACAGCAAAGAGCAGUGUCUCUACAAGAUCUUGAUUCCGCUCUUCCAAUCAUAGAGAAAUACAAGGACCACCUUGUGGCAAUUGGGGAGGUUGGCUUAGAUUUUACACCCAGAUAUGUCAACAGUGAGUCUGAUAAAGAUGGCCAAAAGCAAGUGCUCAUUCGCCAGGCGGCGCUCGCCAAACAUCUGGAUCUGCCUCUAAAUGUUCAUUCACGGUCAGCGGGACGACCCACGAUCCACCUCCUCAAGGAGCAAGGUGUUGAGAAAGCGCUGCUUCACGCUUUUGAUGGGAAACCCUCUGUUGCCAUGGAAGGAGUGAAGGCUGGUUAUUUCUUUUCUAUUCCUCCAUCCAUUGUACGGAGUGAACAGAAGCAGAAACUUGUGAAACAGUUGCCCUUAGAGAACAUCUGCCUUGAAACUGAUUCACCUGCUGGUCCAGAAAAGCAGGUGAGGAAUGAGCCAAAAAACAUCUCCAUUUCUGCCGAGUACAUCAGUAAGGUGAAAGGAGUGUCACUGGAGAAGGUGAUGGAGGUGACGACGGAAAAUGCUCUCCGACUUUUCCCUAAGAUAAAGUCUGCAGUCACACCCUGACAACAUUAAAAGAUUAAUUUAAUAACAAAAAAAAAUUGUACGGAAUUAUAUGACGGUGGAGAAUGGAUGAAUAUCGUCUUAAAGGUUCUGUGCAACACAUUAAAAAA